AUGACGACGAAUGUAGCAGAAAAUUCGUGGUAUAAGAAAGCGAAGGUGCUUGACACUGAUAGUGGCAGUGAAGAAGACGGAGCAUCCACGAAAAACGAUCUUGACCACGACGUUCUGGCAGCGGAGACAUCGGAUAUCAAACCCACGGGUUCUCGCUUCACCCCGACUGAGACGUACGUUUUUAUCGAUCUCGAAGCUACUGGGUUACCUGUCUUAGAUAUUCUCCCCGACAUUACCGAAAUCGCGAUGGUCGCCGUUUCAAGGAAAGUCUUUGAAGAAGGCUCUACUUCGCGUGCCCCACCACGAGCUCUCGACAAACUGGUGAUGUGUGUGCAGCCGAGCAGAGAGGUUAAUCCAGGAGCUCAGAAGAUGACAGGGCUAAGCAAGUCGUUUUUAGAGAAGCACGGCAGAAAACAGAUGGACCAGACUGUAGAAAUGACAGUGCGCUGUUUCCUAGCCAGACAAGCCCAGCCAGUUUGCCUCGUUUCACAUAACGGUAACAGGCUUGACUUUCCCGUUCUGAAAUCGGAGCUGACUAAGGUGGAAAAAAAGCGACUGCUGACAAAUGUCUACAAAGUGGACAGUCUGAUGUUUUUCCAGACUCAUCUCACUCAAAGGAAGCACGCCUUCGCGCUGCUCUGCUCUCAAUUUCUCGGACAAGAGACGUCACAUGAUGCCGAAGGAGAUUCUGUUGGUCUGCUGCAACUGUUAUCCGAUCGCUACCCCGAUUUGCGGAUAAAUUUCUCAAAUGGUCCGAUUCCACUAAAACCUUAUUUUGAAUAGACGAACCGCAAUGAGACGUCGAUCUUUUGUUGUCUGAAUUCACCUUUUGACUCUCAGUCAUAAGUCCGUCUUGUAUGUAAAGUCUCACGUUCCCAUCAAUGCUUCAGUGAUUACUUUUGUUACAUGAUUUAUAGAUAGGGGUCAUCACCUGCGCAUGCGACAGAUGGCAUAGCGUGUCAUUGUUUAUAAGGUCUCAUGCCACUAAUUAACCAAUGGCUGCUCGUAGCCAUUUUGUUAGAAAAUGUCAUUUCCAAUUCAGUGUGAUCAAUUCAGUGUGAUCAACAGAUGUGCUGAUGUGGUUUUUUGUCUUAUUUUCACAUUAUGGCAGACAAACUUAACAAUUUGUAGUGCGGUCAUUUCUAAUGUACCCUAUUCAAAGUUUAAUGAGGUCAAAAUCCCAAAUAUUUAAAUAAAUUCUCAAAAUUGUGUUGUGUAUCUUGUCACUGACAAGAGAUUUGCAUACUGUCAGUAUAUUAGCCAAGUAUUACAACUCUUUCAAUUUCACAAUUAUUGCUCUUUUCUCAGAAUUUUUGUGAAUAGUUAGCUAAUUAAUCCCAUCUUGAGUUUAUUAUUAAACAGUGCAUGUAAC